GCAUUAAUCAAUUACUACUGCCAGGAAAAGUACUUUCAUCAUGUUCAAACCUCUUCUAAUGAAGUUCUCAAGGAGUAUGUUAAUGAUCCCGUAUUCCUCUUUUUCCGGGCCUUUGGGAUGUUAAUGGAAGAUCAAGUGUCGGAGUUCUUCCAGGAAAUGGAAAUGAUAAAGGACAAGUCCGAUGUUUCACUGUGUUCUCUUAUGGCUUUAAUAUAUGCUCACAAGAAAAGUUCAGAUACAGAUAGAGAAACUAUUCAGGACCUGGAAAUGAGGAUGAAGGAGCAACGAAAAACAUCUGGACCUAGGGCCUUAUAUUAUGCUGGGUUGUUCCUAUGGCAUGUUGGACGCCAUGAUAAAGCUCGGGAAUAUGUCGAUAGGAUGAUCAAGAUAUCAAAUGGUGACAAAGAUGGAUUGGUUUUGAAAGGAUGGCUUGAUCUGACCUGUGGCAGAGAAGCCUAUGCUAAAAAGGCUCUGAAGUACCUAGAGGAAGGACUGCACAAUGAUAUUGAUGUGUUUGCUAUGAUGGGAAAGGCCCACUAUCACGAAAUGCGGCAGAAUUACUCCGGAGCCUUGGAAGCCGUGAACAAAAUCCUAGCCAGCUCUUCAGGCUUCGUUCCUGCUCUCAUUAAGAAAAUGAAGCUACAACUGGCUUUGCAAGACUGGGAACAGACAGUAGAGACAGCUCUAAGGUUGCUGCAGAAGGAUAAUCAUAAUCUGGAGGCAAUUAGGAUUUUGGCUCUUCAUUAUCUGUGUAGAGAGGGAAAUGUACAUGAGGCAACAACAAAGCUGGGGGAUCUUAUAAAUGCUUUGGAUUGCUUUGAACCACACAAUGCUCACCUCUAUUACAGUAUGUCUUUAGCUUUUAGUAGAAUGUGUGAACGUAACCAGCUCAUCCUUCAACAAACCCAGACUUUGAUGGAACGUGCGGUUAGCUUGGCCCCUCAUGAGGCCAGUUUUGCCACUGAACUUGGCUAUCAGGCUGUUCUACAGGGUCGCAUUAAGGAAGCUUUAAAAUGGUACAAAACAGCAAUGAAUCUUGAUGAGUCCAGUGUGUCUGCAUUGACAGGCAUUAUUCGAUGUCAAAUUAUUGAAGGACAGCUACAGGAUGCUGAUCAGCAGUUGGAAUUCCUCAUGGAGAUCCAGCAGUCUAUUGGAAAA